UCGAAACCAGCCAUCUACACCGCGCUGAUUUUCGAUCAGCUCAGUGGCACGUCCCAUUCUUUGAAGGGAUGCCUAUUGUAAUGCAGCGUCUUUAUCACCACGGAAGCAAUACGGGAAUAUGUUCACUGGUGUGAUGUAGAAGCUUGCGAUCUCUAGCACUUGGAAACUUUUGUAAUAGUGAUCGACUUGUGGAAUGUCACGUACUUCUCUCGUUUUACGCAGUUAAAGUAAAAUGUUUAAUACGAGCGGAAAUUCCGAAAUUGCCAUGAUGAACGGAACAGAUUGGAAAACCCCAGGAGUUAAUUCAACUUUAACUAACUUGAGUUCUGUGUUUGUUGAUGAUCCUGAUAUACCUAUGUUGGACCCAUUUGGUGACUACUCUCUGUACUAUGAGGGUGAUAUAGAGAAUUUGAAGAAGCCAUGGCUCCAAGAACCCCACUUUAUUCCAACUGUAUCCGUCUAUGGCAUCGCUUUUUUAAUAGGAUUAAUUGGUAAUUCAUUGGUAAUAUUUGCAAUGGUGGGCGACCGUAAAUCUCGGAGUGUUACAGCAUCGUUUAUGGUGAGUUUGGCCGUGGCGGAUCUUCUAUUUCUCUUGGUCUGUGUUCCCUUUGAAACAUCCAGGUACUUUAUAGGACAUUGGGAGAUUGGACCCAUACUCUGCAAACUUUCUGGUACGGUGGAGAUGGUAUCAGCCCUAGCAUCUAUACUCAAUCUAACAGCUGUCAGCAUUGAAAGGUACAUUGUCAUCGUCCACCCAAUGAAGGCUCGAACCCUGUGCACCUUGGGAAAUACCAAAAAGAUACUUCCUUGUGUAUGGAUAGUUGCAGUCGGAUUAUCUGCCCCUACAUUCCAUGUAAUGAACACGGUGCGAAUGACCUAUUACGACAACGAUACAACAGUGAUGGUGAUUGUAUGUGGCGACACCGGCGUACAGAGUGACGACAGACUUAUUUUUUGUGUGUACCAGUUCAUCGCCAUGUUCGCCGCACCCACACUUAUAAUGGUGUUCUGCUAUAUGUUCGUCAUCCAUGUGUUGUGGAUUAGCUCUCGGCAGCUGCUCAACUUGACUACACCUAUGUCAGAGAGUAAAAGCGACAGCUUCACUUCAGAUGAUACUCUGAAAAGAUUGACAGUGUUAGACACGCCAACUCAGACGCGGCAUUGGCACCGAUGUCGCCGUAAUCUCGUCAACAGAGCAACACGAGAACAUAGCGUAGAAGUGCUGCGAGCGAGACGACAGGUUAUCAAAAUGCUAAUAACAAUUAUUAUAGUAUUUCUCCUGUGUUGGGGGCCAAAGCUUAUUAUACGGAUAUUGCAAAGAAGGAAUUCAGGAGCCUUGUGGUAUCAGUCUGCCCUUAUUACAAAGAUUGUGUUGGACUGCCUUCCGUACAUACAAUCGUGUUUGAAUCCCAUUAUAUAUGGCUUCAUGUCCAGAAACUUUAGGAAGAGCAUGCAGACAGCAUGUCGGACAUAUGUGUGUAAGGAGUCGUAUACACAUUCAUGUCUUGGCAGGAAGUUGUUGGGGUCCGACUAUGAGUUGGAAUCAAGAGCAACGUGCUCGAACGGUACAAUACACACUAAAAUUUCCCUGAGGACAAAGAGUAGUUCCUCUGAUGAUUGACAACUCGCCGGCUGUUCCAGGGUGAUGUACCGUAAAUGCUGUCUAAGUGAUGACGACGACGCAGAGCGUGUUGACACAUUAGCUUGAGGUACAGUCUUCGGCUUAGGAGCGGAUACGGAUGAACCCUGGGAUAAGCGUAAGAUCAGUUGAUAUUGUGGAAAAAUUUCUAUGAUAAUGUAUAUAACAUGUUUCUGAAUCCUGCAAUCCGGAUGAUCUUGCAGGUAUGGAGGGAUGAAUUGCGGUUGGUCGUGGUUGAUCGCAGGGUCUAUUCGUGCAAAAUUAUCAUCGGACGGGAAUGAUCAUUGGAUGAUUGCGGUCGUGGUUGAACGCUGUGUCGAAUCACAGAAUGAUCCCUGGAAGAGAGGUUGUUCACGGCAUACCAUGUCAGAGCAUACACAAGACCAGCUUUCUAUCCGAGGAAGGAUAUUUAAUUCUUGAUAUAUGCACAGGCGAGGUAUUCCGAAACCAUUUUUGGGGAGAGAAAGACAUUCACUGUGACGAACAAUGCAUCUUGAUGUUAAAGAUAAUGAACUGCACUAUUGGUUGACGUCAAGAUUGAUUAAGUGUAGGAUGUGGACAUCAUUGCCCAAGAAGCUUGUACAUUUUUCCACACUGAGAGACGGCAACAUGUUGUCCAUGAUUAUUGUUUCGAUAGCACAGUUUCACAGCUAGAUGUAGAGGAUAUUUGGUUUCGGUUACCAGAGAUUGCAGAGAUGCUUUGGGAAGACAUACAUCUAGUUCUGCUAAUGUGUGGUUCUACCUCUUCAUCACACUAGUCUGAGUGGACGAUAGUCAUCUCUGGUGUGGGUUCGAAUCCCGGAUGGGACUCAAUCCAAAAGAGGUACGAGAAUCUGUACUUUACAAAAAAGGUGUUAUUCCAAAUAUAACAUUUUUUACAUUUGACCACUUUCUAAAUGACAUGGGGUUGAUAGUCAUCUCACAAAAACACGAUUUCUGUAGACGUUGGCUGUGCCAUCACAAUGCUAUCUCUGAAACGAAUUUCAUGUCUGUACAUAUAAUCAUACUUUUGAACAUGUCCAUUAAAGUUACCGAAUACUGUAUACCGUAAUGUGUGAUUAAUUAGGAAUAAAUUGGUGUCUUCAUUUCACAGAAAAAACGUUUUGAACAUAUUCUUCACAACCGUUUGACUGUACAUGUGUGUAUUAAUCCAUUUAGUCAGACAUAUGAAGCUUAGGUUCUUUUUUGUGAAAUGAGCUUGGCAAGUACACUCAGGCACGUUUUGAUAAUGUGUGUGAGGUAAUAUCCAUUGUAAACUUUUACAGUUUGAGAAAAAAGGUGACAACAUGGUUUCAAAAUAGCGUAUUUCAUGUACAUGAUACAUUGAUGUUUGUAGGUCGAUUGUAACUGUUAUUGAGACCUUAUCACAAUAGUCAAUUUAAAUGUACCAUGUAAAUAACACACUGGCCUUGAAAAAAAAUAUGAAUAUGCAUAUGCUCAAAACUUAUCGAUAUUUGAUCUUAUUUUAGUGUUCCACGAGUAUUUUCUAUGACUAUAUUAAGAACGGAAUAUAUUAAUAUUUUUAAUUCACUAAGUACAUGUAGUUUAAUUGCUGACGUGUUGCAUAGUACUUAACUGCAAUGUUAACAUGGCCUUCUCACUAUGCAUUUAGCUGCAAUGUUUCUUUUGUAAUAUGGUUGGUGCCUGAAAUACAUAUAAUCAGGUGUGUGUAGAUGUAUGUCAUACAUAGUUUUUUUUCUCUUAAUACGGGUUCAGUAUUAUUAGAAUACAAUAACGAUCAAUCUCCUAACGAAUGGUGCUUAAUCAGUACAACAAUCAUUCAAUAAUGACACAAGCCAAUAAUAUGAACGAAUAUUUCAUGUAUUUUAAAGUUUCUUUGAGAGGCAUUUAGAAGUUGGAGUACUAAGUAAGGAUAAGAUUAAUGGACGAACAAAUUCCUUAUUACAAUUAGGAGCGACGUUUCGGUGUUAGAACCUACACCGAAACGUCGCUCUCAAUUGUAAUAAAGAAGUAGUUCACCUAUAAAUCUUAUCCUUACUUUUUUUAAGUUGUGUAAAUUGAAAGUACAUGAACAUUAUGUGGGUGAUUUGCAGUAGUAUUCUUGUAUAUGAAAUGCAGGCUCAGCAAACGCAAAAGUCAGAAUAGUUUGGAAUGUUGAUAGAUGUCUAAAGAAAGUCUUCCCGACUCUGGUGGGGGGAGCACUGAUGUCAAAUGUACAUCGAGUUUGCUUGUGACCCAACAUGACGUAUUUUAUCAGAGGGCAACCUUAUCUACAGGCUUUUUCCAGUCCUUACUAAUAACCUUCUCGUGAUGGUGUUCACUUUCUGCAUUCAUAAUAAGUAUAUAUAAUGCCGCAGGUGUUAAAUGUUGUUUUAAAUAGGAAUGUGGGUGGGUAAGUGUCAAUGCUGUAAACAUUUUCAAUUUAUCAGGUCGAGUAUGUUCCCGUGUAGAAAUGUCAAAACUGUACAUAAGAUUCAUAUAACUUCAUAAAAUUAUAAUGUUUAUAAGAUUGUAUGAAUUUGUAAUGUUGUAAUCAUGAAACACUUACAUUCUUUGCAGUAAAUCACUGCAAUCAUACCAGUGAAUAUAGAAAUACUUGUUGUCGUUGAUUUAAGUCUGCGUAUAAAACUGCGUUAUAGUAUAUUUGUUAUUAAUUAAACACUUCCAUUUUGUCUUAAUAUGUAUAGAUGUGUUAAGAUCACAACUUCGAUUAGAUUAAUUGAUCAAAUUGGUAACUUUAAGAUUAUGCUUAGGUUUUGUCAGUAUCUGUAUGUAUAUAUACAAAGGUGCAUAUGUGCGCGCGUGAGGUGCAUGUUCAUGUAUAUGUGCGCGUGAGUGUAUAAAUAGGACUCGCUCAAAAGAGGAAGGGGCACGAGGUUGAUUCAGUGACCACACACACACCAUUUGUAAUUUAAUGUGGAGCUGCUGAAAAGAUCAUAAGAAAGGACAAGAUAGGACGUGGUCCUGUUUUUGGCCCACAAGAGCGAAACCUUUUAAACAUGUUACGACAGUUAUCAGAUAUGUUCAUUUGAAUGUCGAGAACUAAACAUUCAACAAUUGCACGUUAGAUGCAUAGAUGAUAAAAAAAUGUGCUGUUAAUUUUUUAGGUUUUCAUGAGACGAAUUUCAAAUAUUUUUGUAUUAUAUAUCUUGGGUUACAGACUUGUUCAUACUUACAUUAUUUUUUGAAGUUCUUGAAAUCUGCUUUAUUCACGCAUUUUCUCCAUAGAUGUAUAUAUGACCAUACAAAAAUUCAAAAACUGUACAAAAAAGCUAGUUGUCGGCAAUUUGAACAUAUCUUUCGUUCCAUUAUUUGAAAGUUUUCCGCAGUUGGACUAUAUUACAUUUUCAGUGGUCCAACAAGGGCCCUCACCCAUCCUCCUCAUCCAUCCUCCUGGUGUUCGAACUGUAAAAUAUACAGUGAAAACUCGUUAACUUUCUACGUUGUUUAUGCCGAUGUAAUUUUGAGGCUCUGACAGAAUUAGAUGGCGCUCGUCCAUGACUACACAUACCUCGAUGCAUUUUCGAUUCGAACGUUCUUGUGGUCAAAACGUUCGAAAGCCCUGGUUCGAUUCCCCGCGUUUGUACAGAGGCCCAUUUCUGCUGUCCCCGCGAUAUUGUUGGAAUAAGCGGCGUACAACCCGUAAAAAAUUUCCUUACAUGUCGAUAUAAAUGAAGAUUUAAACUAUACCCCAUACUGAGUUCAAUCAGAGGCCAAGGAUGUCCAUAAUUCGUAGACACCUAAUAGUAGUAAUCACAUGUUUUAUUACACACAUUAGCCACAUAAUGUCCGCAUAUCUAACGGUAUUUGGGGUUAUUUAACAUAUAUGAAUACUUAACUUUAAAUACAUGAGGAAGAGUGGUUCUUUCGAAAGCAGGAUAAUACAUAUCAGAAAUAGGUGUGUCCGUACAAAUAUGUACCAGAAUAAUGACCUCGACAAAACUUUCAUACUUUCUUUACAAUAUGUUGUAUUUGAAAUAUAUCAAGACUUGUUCAUUUUUUUAAGUGCAAAAAGAAUUAUAUCAUUCAAAGAUAAAGUAAUAUUGUACAUAUCAACUAAGGCCGCAAAUAAAUAGUUGUUGAGAUUGAUGUCCAAUUGUUAAAAUUGCAAGUUGACAUGUUGAAAUAAUGACCAUGAAUAAAGUUAAUCUAUAAUGCAUCUGGAAACAAAGCGCUCACAUAAAGAAGCAGGAAGAGUUACUUCCUUUUGCUGUCAAGGCUUUUUCUACUUCUUUUGAUUAGCUUUAAGGCGUCAUAAGAAUGGCACGAGACAAAAGAGUAAAAUGAUUUAUUUUUGUCUUCUCUCUUUGGUAAUGUUGAUCUGUUAAUCAAAGUUUCAACCAAAGUAUUGUUGUUACGUUUAAACAUGUGUCCGUGUAGUCACCAGAGUCUGUGAUACAUCUAUUUUGUUCGUUUUAUUUGAAAAUAAAAUGUUGUGUGUU